AUGGCUUCCAACAUGAAUGAGGACACCAGGAUGGAAGAUGCGAUGGACUUUAUCCACGUGGACAAAUCACCAUCGCCGUCGUGCGCAUCCUCAACUAGCAGGGUGCCUGUUGAGCACAACGGUAACGAUUGCAAAAACCACAGGCCUGUGCCAAGCUCAUGUGACUGUUCGGACCACGCGAAGCUCGUAGGUCAACUAAUCACUUGUCAGGACCAGCUCACAGAAAGCAACAGAAACAUCAGAAAAAUGGAAGAAGCAGCAAACAACAACUUCAGAUUGGUACAAGAUUGGAUUCAGCAGCAGCAACACGACUACCAAGUCUCUCUCCACUGCCACAUCACUGAAAUAAAUCAAGAAUGGCAUCACAAGACCCAGAAUCUCCAAGCUCGUCACCAAACCGAACUGGCCAGCCUGCAGAAGCAGAUUUCCAACGCCCAAGCCCUCGUACAGCAGCUGGAGCGCAGCCUUGGCAAAGAGCAGACCUAUCGUGCAUCCGCAGAGGCCGAGGCCCUCGAGAACCACAAGCGCUGGCGCAAAACCGCCGCUGAGCUUUGUAAACUUCAAUCCACUUCCCGCCAGUCGAACAAAAUCUCUGACCAGGAUCUCAUCGACGGUGCCAAACAGCUGAGGUGGAUGGUGCGUAACUUGUCCGCAACGGGAUUCUCAGACGUGCCCAUCCAGCCGCGACUUUCGGCCUGGCCAAGUCCUGCGGCGGAGGAGUUGCGGCAGGUGCAGUUUUUGCUGCACACCAACCGAUUUCCCAUCUACUUUGAGGCGUCCAUUUGGCACUAUUUGAUCAAAUACGUGUUUGGGCGUUAUGUGUGGGCAGGCGAAGCUGCACAAUCGAUGCAAAAGCUGUAUUACGCCCUUCAGAAUGCAGCCCCGACCGAGAAGACCGCAGUUACACUGCAAGACUGGCGCACAAAUACUAAUGCCCUGGUUGCAACGACCGCUGCAACGACCCCCGCUGCCGGUGAGGCACUUCUAGCCCACCGAGCCGACUUUACCCAUGCCAUAUUGCAGUUGAACAAGCAUCGGUGCGACAGAAUGGGGCUAGUUGACGACUUGGCCGCCAUUUUUGACGCGGCAGUCUCCCUCGACCGGGAUAUACACCUGCGACCCGGCAUCGUAGAGUGGCAGGUCCUACCGCCUGGAAAUAACGAAUUUAACCCAGAUGUCAUGGCGGUAGAGAACGACGGGGAAGCCGGGCAAAGGGUGCUGGCGAUGGUGUCUCCCGGGCUGGUCAAAAAGGUUCACAACGCGGUCCAAGACGAUAUGCUGUGCAAAAUGGAAGUGGUGUGCGGAGUGGAUGGUGUGACCACUCCGAGGCAGAUGAGUGCGCCUAUUGCCACAAACAGGGAUAAUGGCAUGUUAGGCUGGAUUCAUGGGUUAAAAAGGAUAGAGAAGCAUUUCAUUAGGAAGGCGAUGAGGUGA